AUGGAAGAGUCUUCCCAGGGGAGUUUUAUAACAACCAUAAAUGAGGAUUAUGAAGCAGUUUGCUGGGGAUGUGGACUUAACCUUGUUCUUCCAUCAUACGCGCCUGUCUUCAAGUGCGGUUGGUGUGGUGCAAUCACGAAUCAGAAUCCAGUCAUGCUUGAAACCAAAAGCUUCGGCUUGAGACGUUUCCGUGACCGUUGUUUUGUCGUUAUCCUCGCUGUUUUCAUGCUCUUUGUGAUAUGUGGUGGGAUUUGGGCUGCGUACCCAGUCGUGUUUUCGAUCAGCUUGGCCUCUGGGAUAUUCCAUUCUAUUGGGAACUGUGUUGGUGCGGGUAAUCACAAGAACUUCAUCGCCUUCCUUAUCUCUGCCGUCGUAAGCACAAUCUACGCUUCUGCUAUGUGUGUGUAUUCCUUGAUUCAUAUCAUGCCACCUCUUGAAAAUGGAGCAGUAGCGUAUGCGUCCGAUGUGGCUCAUGCUGACAGUUUAUCGAUUCUGAGAGCGGUGAAGAAUAUCGUGCUUGCUUACAUAGCCAACGCUAUCUUCAUCUCUGUUCGAGGCCUUGUUCUAGUCUACCUCUUUGUGGCGAGUAUUUCCGUGGCGAUUGGUCUGAGUGUUUUGCUGUGGCAACAGCUUAGCUAUAUCUAUGAAGGCAAGACUUACUUGAGCCAUUUGAGCUCUCAAGGAAGUGAGGAAGAUGGUGAGAAGAGCUGCGGGAAUCUAGUGACGUUUUUCGGGUGUCCACUUUCAAUUGAAAGGCACUUGCCAACUAUAAGGAACUUGAGGAAGAGACAUAAGACAUGA